CCCUUCAGAAUUGCCACAACCAAACACUACACAUUCUUGUCAUCCCAACAAAGAAUAAUGUGGCCUUUUCUGCUUGUACUGGUUUUGGUUUCCUCUCCUGCAGGACAAGCAAAUGGGGAGGAUAAUUCCAUGGCGAAUUCGAAGCGGCGAGCCGAGAAGAUGAUCAGACAACUCAACUUAUUCCCCUUGCAUGAUCUCAACAGGGGUUCUGGCCACUCUCCGGUGGAAGCAGAUACGCCGAGAUUGGUCGAGAAGAAGUUGAAGUUGAACCUUCUUGGAGAUUCUGGGGCGACUGUUGAAGAUUUGGGUCAGCAUGCUGGUUACUACAGGCUCCCAAACACUGUAGACGCAAGGAUGUUUUAUUUCUUCUUUGAAUCUAGAAGCAACAAAAGUGACCCGGUUGUUCUGUGGUUGAGUGGAGGGCCAGGAUGCAGCGGUUCAUUAGCUUUGUUUUAUGAGAAUGGUCCUUUUUAUAUUGCCGACAAUCAGUCCCUCAUUUGGAAUGAUUAUGGCUGGGACAAGGUUUCUAACCUUAUAUAUGUUGAUCAACCAACUGGAACGGGUUUCAGCUAUAGUUCAAGUAAAGACGACAUUCGCUAUGAUGAAAAUGGUGUCAGCAAUGAUCUUUAUGCCUUCUUACAGGAAUUUUUCAAGGCACACCCAAAAUAUGCAAAGAGUGAGUUCUUUGUAACUGGAGAAUCCUACGCUGGGCACUAUAUUCCUGCAUUGGGCACACGGAUUAACCAAGGAAACAAGAAGAAAGAAGGAAUUCACAUAAACCUUAAGGGAUUAGCCAUUGGCAAUGGACUCACCGAUCCGGGAAUACAGUAUCCAGCAUACCCAGAUUUUGCUUUGGACAAUAACUUGAUCUCAAAAUCUUUCCAUGAUGAAUUGACGCAGCUUAUCCCGGGCUGUCAAGAAGCUGUGAGGCAGUGUAAUAGUAAUGGUGGAUCUGCUUGUAGUGAUUUGGUGAAUAGCCGCUGCCAACCCCUCUAUGAUCGGAUAAUGGAGAAACUUGUGGACCUAAACUACUAUGAUAUCCGGAAGAAAUGCGUUGGGGGAUCACUCUGCUAUGACUUCUCAAAUGCAGAGACUUUCCUCAACACGAAGUCAGUUAAGGAUGCUCUCGGGGUGGGUGACAUUGAUUGGGUUUCAUGCAGCACCACAGUGUACGAGGUAAUGUCAUCUGACAUUUUCAAGAAUCUGGCACCAGGCAUUCCAUCUCUCCUGCAGGAUGGUAUCAAUCUUCUGGUUUACGUCGGCGAAUAUGACCUAAUUUGCAACUGGCUUGGAAACUUGAGAUGGGUUCAAGCUUUGCAGUGGUAUGGGCAAAAAGGAUUUGGAGCAGCUCCAAACGUGACAUUUUCAGUGGGUGGAAAGGAGAAAGGGAUACAAAAGAGCUAUGGACCUCUCACUUUCCUUAAGGUUCAUGAUGCUGGCCACUUGGUUCCAAUGGAUCAGCCCAAAGCAUCGCUGGAAAUGCUUAGGAGGUGGAUGCAUGGCCAACUUUAAAAGCUUUAGGAUUGUUAUCUCCUUAAAAAUAUAGUAUUGGUUUCUAAUUUGGGUGAGAAAUAAGGUGACUGCCUCUCUGUCACGAGCAGGGCAUGUGACCACGUGAUUCUAAUAAUUCAAACGAUGUCUUUUAUUAUCCAUGUUUACUUAUUAUCUAUGUUCAAAAUAAACGUCUUAUCCCGUCUUAUCUA